AUGUCAUUACUUACUGGAUGGAUGGAUGAUGCCAGGCGCAGUUAUUGUGCCUAUGGUGCUGAUCUCAUUAGAACUGGUUGUCUUCUUCUUCGCACAACUCCCUCUGUGGCGUACAGAGCCGCGGUGUUAUUUCAACGCUUUCAGGCAGUGGCUGAGGAAGUGAGAAGAAAACGUGGUGAUUAUCAACAAGAGAAUGGAGUGCGAGAACCACGUGAUGGGAAUGAAAUAGCAACAACCAUGACUUCUGCUAUUACGGCAACUUCUUCUUCUUCAGAUAUGGAAUUAAAAUCAUAUAUUAUUCCGGCUCAUGUUGGUACGGAGCGACCAUCUGGAGUUUUAGUGUUAGGCGACGUAUACGCACCACUUGAUUAUUGUUUGUUUAACCUACGAAAACAUGAUGAUAUACUCUAUCUUGCCGCAGCAUGUGUUUUAAUAACAGCUAAAAUUGAAGAUCCAUCCACACAUAUUUCACAUAUUGUACGUAUAUUUAUGCGUCUUAAUCAACGUCGUCGUGGUGAACCUGUUAUUGAACUUUUACAACCUUCUCAAGAACGUUGUAAUGAUUUUAAAGAAUGUGUAUUAGAGGCUGAAGAGAUUAUAUUACCUGCACUUGGUUUUCAGACAUUUGUAGAAUGUCCUUUUAAGUAUGCUAUUAUUUUUCUUGGGAUGUUGAUUGAUGAUGAAAAUGAAAAUGAUGAUGCUUUUAUUAAUAAGGAAUUUGGUACGGCAAGUGGUAAACUCACCUCUGUAAAUGGAGUCUUUGCAAAUAUAGCAUUGAAAAAAUGGUUAGCCGAUGCUGUUUGUUGGUUAAAUGAUAUACCUAGAUCUGUUGAUUUGUAUACAGAAGAAGCACAUGUGCUGGCUUUAUGUGCACUCUUCUCCACACGACCUGCUAACAUUAAUGGACUUCCAGAAGAAUGGAUAAUGGCCUUCGGUGUAGACAAGGCAAAGUUAAAUGCAGUUCUUCGUAUUCACCGUAAAUAUCUUGAAGAAGCCUUAAGCUCUGAAAAUGAAAAUAUUAAUCUUUUAAUUGCAACACGACAUUGUCAACCAUGUUAUCCUGUAGCUGCAACAAAUACAACAAACGCAACAACAACAACAACAACAACAACAACAUCGGCAAUACCCACGGUAACUGAAGUGGGUGGAAACUAUGAAACUCUAGGAAAUAUUCCUACAAAUGAGAAUCAAUCAAAUGCUGCUGUAUCUCUUCAACAGACAACUAUGGUGGAUUCAAACCCUAAUUUACCAUCUUCCAUGUCUAAUUUAGCUGCUUCAAAUCCACCACUCGCCGUUCCUCCCGUUGUGGCUUCACUUGGUCCGCUAGAGGCUUUUCAAUCAACACUCAACCUUAAUCUCCUUAUGGGUGGAAAUAUGGCUUUGCAACCCAAUAAUAAUGGUAAUACUAGUAAUAAUAAUAAUAAUAAUAAUAAUAAUAAUAAUAACAAUACUAAUACGAAUAAUAAUAGUAGUGGUAUCAAUAACAGUGUUGGUAUUGGUCUUUCUCUUCUGGGAGAUGGACAGAACACAGGUGUGUUGUCGGCAAGUAGCGCUGCACCCGUUCUUGCCGAACGCUCUAUUGAGGAAGAAUUUCAUUUUGAAGACUUGAAAGAAGUCCAGCGGCGACGGCGGCAGGAAGAGGAAGAAAGACGGGCAAAGCGAAGAAGAAGCAGCAGUAAGCACCGCCGGCGUCAUCACUCGGAUGAUCGCCGUAGACGCCGUUCAAGCAGCCGACGCAGAGAUGAUAGUCGUGGUGGAAGAAAGCGACCACACUCGCAAAGUACACACAAGAGUCACCGCAGUGAACCACCACCACCACAACAGCAACAACAACACACAAGCACGGCCUCACAGUACUCAAGAGAUGGAAGGCAACGUAAUGAUGAGAGAAAACGUAAUGAUGAUAGAAAACGUAAUGAUGAGAGACAACGUAAUGAUGAUAGAAAACGUAACGAUGAGAGACAACGUAAUGAUGAUAGACACCGUCAUGACGAUCGCCGGCGUCAUGAUGAACGGCCGCGUCAAGAUGCUCGACAGAAUAAAGGUGGUAAACAACGUCGUCAACGGUAA